AUGAAAAGCUUUGAGAAGUUGGGGCAUUGGCCUCUUUUUAUCUUUUCAUUUUAUUUGAUAUCGAUAUGUAUUGCUGAGCCAUAUUCUUAUUAUUCUCCUCCUCCGCCGUUAUAUUCUUAUUCUUCUCCGCCGCCACCCCCUUCUUCUUAUUACCAAUCAGAAGAUAAACACACUCCUUACACAUAUUCGUCCCCACCACCACCAUCUUACAAAACUCAUGAGAAAAAAUAUACUCCUUACAUAUAUUUGUCCCCGCCACCACCAACUUACACAACUCCAGAAAAUAAAUAUACUCCUUACGCAUAUUCUUUCCCGCCACCACCAUCUUACAAAACUCCAGAAAAGAAGUAUACUCCUUACAUAUAUUCGUCCCCUCCACCACCAUCUUACAAAACUGCAGAAAAUAAGUACACUCCUUACAUAUACUCAUCUCCUCCACCGCCAUCUUACAAAACUCCAGAAAAGAAGUACACUCCUUACACAUACUCAUCUCCUCCACCACCAUCUUACAAAACUCCAGAGAAGAAGUACACUCCUUACACAUAUUCGUCUCCUCCACCACCAUCUUACAAAACUCCAGAGAAGAAGUACACUCCCUACACAUACUCGUCCCCACCGCCACCCUCUUACAAAACUCCAGAGAAGAAGUACACUCCUUACACAUACUCGUCUCCGCCGCCACCAUCUUACAAGACUCCAGAGAAGAAGUACACUCCUUACACAUACUUGUCCCCACCGCCACCAUCUUACAAAACUCCAGAGAAGAAGUACACUCCUUACGCAUACUCGUCCCCACCGCCACCAUCUUACAAAACUCCAGAGAAGAAGUACGCUCCUUACACAUACUCGUCCCCACCGCCACCAUCUUACAAAACUCUGGAAAAGAAGUACACUCCUUACACAUACUCGUCCCCACCACCACCAUCUUAUAAAACUCCGGAAAAGAAGUACACUCCUUACACAUAUUCGUCUCCACCACCACCAUCUUACAAAACUCCAGAGAAGAAGUAUACUCCUUACACAUACUCGUCCCCACCACCGCCAUCUUACAAGACUCCAGAAAAGAAGUAUACACUUUACACAUACUCGUCUCCGCCACCACCAACUUACUAA